AUGAGAUAUAUCUAUGUGAAGUGUCAUGUCCUGGUGUGUGGCAUUAGGGUCAGCUGGUCACGGGGAACUCCUGAAUCAGCUGAAGGAAGCCUGGUGGGCAGGGCUCUGCUCUGGCCAGCUCAGCCCUGCCCAGGUGAAGCUCUCCCCGCCCCGGGGGCAGGCCCAUACCUUGCUCCAGGUGUGGUCCUGGGUUUAUCCCCCAGAGGCAAGGAGCCAUGCGACCAGGCUGACCCACUGGAGCCAGCACGGAGCAGCGAAGGGAUGGACGUGGAAGGUGUGACUGAUUUCAAAGCCUUGAGAGCAAAGUUUCAGAAUGACCCAGACUUGGCCAACAAGCUCAAGCAUCCACUCAAGAAGCCUCCUGUGAGGAUCCCACCGAAGUUGUGCUCUGGAGAGGAUGCUGCCUUCAGCCCUUUGCCCAUGAGUAAGAGAAAAGUAAUAAUACUGAACCCCAAGGAUGAAGUUGCCCAUCCUGUCUCCCAACACAAGCCUUUGGUGCGGCCUCGACCCAGGCUGGGUUACGUGAAGCCGCUGGGGCACGACGAAGAACAUGAAGGUAAUGUCUCAGAGAAAGGGCUGAGUUCUCCCGAGCAAGGUCUAGAGAAGCCUCUGCCAUCCUAUUGCACAGGCCAGCAAGGAUCAGCCCAAACAGCUCCCAGAGAGAGCCCUCUGCUCCCAGGUUCUUUUCACCAUGCCCUACAGAUCUGGGAAAAGACUUUAUCCCAUGGGGAGAAAGCAAGCGCGGUGCUCCCGACCCAGCGGGCAGCUAACCUGUACGUGCAGCCCUGCCCUGAGCAGAGGCUGACACAUGCUCCAGCUGCAUCCAGCAGCAGCAGGAUGCAACUGUCUGGAAGCAAACCCAUGCUGGACUUGCCUGUCCAGAAGAAGGAUGCUCUGCCCAGCAGCGGGCUGGCUCUUCCCCAAGCUCCCAGAGGACACAGGAGCUCUGCUGGAGUUGCUGUUGAGAGCAUGGUGGCAACUGCAGCCUGCCAGCCAGGGUAUGGUGCACCAAGAGAGCAAACUCAGCAGCAGAAAGGAUCAGAGCAUCCUCUGUGCCCACCUCGAGCAGCAAAACGCACUCAGAGCCCCAGGAGCAAGCAGCCAAGGAUUAAACCUCUCCCUUCAGCUGAAUCCCUGGGUCCUGCCCCUGAGAAGCCGGCCAGACCCCAGAAGCUUGAUCUGGGUGCCUUCCACCGCGCCGUGCCUUCGGUCCGCAGAGCACCUGAAACAACUGCUGCUGAAGAGGAUUACUUGACCCCUGAAAGUGCCCAGCUUGAAGAGCAGCAUAAUGAUGGAGAAACCCCAAUGUACCUGAAUCAAUGUGAGGACACCAGGACCUUGUGUGUCAUUGGAGCUACUUUGCCAGCCCCCAAGACAGAGCCUGAAGAACAUGAGAAAGAGAAGACUUCACUCUUUGCCAAAUCCAGUCCUGGAGAAACUAUAAUAGAGGAUGAGAAAGAGGACAAACCAAGCCUUGAAGGAGAAGAACAGGAAGCAAAGGAAACCUUCAAGACAGAUGGGAAUGAGUACAUGGCUCCCACAAGCCAAACCAAGGAAGAUGGCAGUGGUGAGAUGAAAGUGCCACAAGUGAAGCAAGAUGUGACCAGUACCCAGACUCCAAAGCAUCCUACCCCACAAGGGCUGGCAAAAGGCACAGAGCUCUUGCAUCUUGGUGCUCCAAAGGCAGAGUCAGAAAGAACAUCCUUGGACCGAAACACUCAGCAGUCUCUGCAGGAACCAGAGAAUCUCUAUGAUGAUGUUGGGGAAAUACCUGACAGGCUAAGCCACACGUCAGAUGCCUCAGCUUCAGUUGCUUCAGCCAGCAUUUCAGGGGGCAGCCACGAGGAAACCUAUGAAGAUGUUGAAGCUGUGGGUGAUAAUCCAGCAAAACCAGAAGCAGAAAAACAAAAGAGGUUUGGAAACUUGUUCAAGAAGAGAGACAAACUAAGGCUGAGGAAUAUCAAGAUCAAGGGGAACUUAAGAUUGGUCUCCAUUUCGGUACCAAAUUUAGCAUCCUUUUCCCAGGAGGACAUGGUGGUGUAUGAUGACGUGGAGAUGGGGCAGAGGCAUCCAAGAGAGAAGGACGAAAAGUCCAGAAACUGGAUGCCAAAAUUUCUGACAGCAAAAGAGGAUAAGGACUGGAGGAAAAGCAUCGAAAACCUGGAAAGGAAUAUCUUCAAAGUCAAGAAGAGCAAUGCAGAAAAAAGCAAGAGGAUGGAAAAAGAAGAGAGGUUUUUUAGAGAAACAUUUAUGUAUGACAAGGAGAUCAAUGUCAUCAACACAGCCACUGCUGAGUGCUCAGUGCCCAGUAACAGGAGAGUUGAUCUCCCCCUCACAGCUGGAGAGCAGCUGGAGGUGAUAGAUGUCACGGAGGGCACCGCCGUGAUCUGCCGCAAUUCGGAGGGCAGAUAUGGAUAUGUUCUAGUGGAGCAUUUGAACUUCAGGUAA